AUGGCAGACCAAGUGUGUUCAACCUGCGACGAGCCACUUCUGAUUGAGAUCGAACCUGACAGCGAUUUCGAAGACUCCAAGGCGGCUGCAAAUGUCCAAACAGUACCAGAUGAUCUAGAACUGAGCUGUGGAUGUCAUUAUCAUUGGGAGUGCUUUCUAGACGCCUAUAGCAUCACCCAAUGUCCCACUUGCGACAAGAAUAUUUCUUCUCUCUCAUCCUCUGGCGAUCAACAAGUCCUCGUCACUCUAAGGAAUGAAGGCGGUCUUCAGACUGACUACGAUAUCCUUCCCACAGCGACCGAAGAAGCAUAUCUGCGGGCUUACCCCGAGGAGCGCAAAGGCCAUGCUUACCUCCAAUUUUGCAAAGAGGGAGACAUCGAUGCCAUCAUUCACAUGAUCAAGGAUGUGGAUGAGCUGGAGCAGGAAGAUGAUGACGAACAAGAGGACACAGAUGUAUUGGGUUACUCCGGGACAUUUGAAGGUAUCGAAGGAUCAGGCCUCCAUGUCGCCAUCAGAUACCAACAACAAGAGGUCGCCUGGCUCCUCCUCGCACUCGGCUCACAAUUGGAUUGGUCCAGAUUCCCCAAUGUCGUCCUCCAAGCAAUGCACGGGCUGGGACUGCAAAAGGAAGACAGAAAGGCUCAAUCGGAAAUUCGAAACAUCAAAGACAGCUCGGGGAGAACACCUGUGGAUCUGGCCAAAGAAGUCGGGGGCGUAUGGGUGGACUGGUUGAACGAGGGCCGACUGAGUCCCUAG